GUGAAUGUGGUGGGGGGGCCGUUUUUUCAGAGACGCAUGAGGCAAACUACUUCCUCGACUUCGGUUUGCACAACAGCCUUUAUCCGACUAAGCAGCAGAGCCGGCGCAAUUCAGAUCUCUUGACUGUGAAGGGUUCAAUUUCGGUAUACGAUGCAGCUGAUCGACAAGUCGUAUAUCGUGGAUUGGUAUCUACCCCGGCGUACAGAGUGUUUAGAGCUGCCUGUGGGCUGCCGUUCCGGACCGUCUGUUCUACAGAACGCUAGUCGCGUUUCUUGAGGUGCGUGGAAAUGCCAUUAUUGGAAUUUGCAUCACCCCCACAUGUAUUGAGAACCCAAAGUUUCGCAGCCCGGGGCACCCAGGUUGGUCGUCCACAGGAAGUCCAGCUGUUCCCCAGCGUCGCUGGUAUCUCUACCAGCCGCUCGUUUCUAACGGGGAGUGUGCCGGUUUCUGUCGAUCAGUUCACACUGAAACUACAGUUGACCACACGCAAUAGACAAACGAAGUUCUCACUCCGGCGAUCCAGUUAUCUAAUCAACGCACAACGACUCUAUCAUUCUGCCUGCCGUAAAUUUCAGUCGUUCAGCAUAAUCACCAUCCUCGUCACACCCACAUUUCCCGAUCACCAGCUGUCGAGACCCGACCACACACUUGCGUCUGCCUUUCCAGCUCCUCCCACAGUCAGCUAGUGCCUACAGCCGAAACGUUUUUAUUUGGGAAGGUAAGGAACACACUGAGAGCUGAAAACACACAGUAACUCGUGCUGGCAGCACGGCAUCAGAUGUCGGGUCGGCUCUGGGUCUGCAUUUCCUCUGCGUGAUUUUGCAUGACUUCUCGGUACAGUGGCUAACGGAGGCCAGCGUGACAAGCGAGCGGCGAGCUCGAGACUGCACAGGGGAGUUGAUGCGAUGCUCAUCCAUGGGAGGUGGCGUGUCUCUCGGGACCGUUCUUGUUCAAGGAUCAAGCGCCAAACAUAGCAGACGGAAUCGGUAAAAGUAUGCAGUGUCGUUUGUGACGGAUAUAGAAGUCAACGUAAUAAAAGCAGUUUUUCCCCGAAUCGUGGCGGUCUGGAAGCGACUGCCAGUCCGGGGUGGCUGGUAGGUAGUUAACUGCCGAGAGAGUCUUCGAUUAGAGGUACGGAUCACAGGAGGUGUCCGAAAUGGUUUUAUCUGCGACGAGUAACAUUUUACGGCGGUUAUGCAUGUGGCAUCCCCCUGCAGUUAUUUCCCGCUUUGGGCUCUGAUGUUUUUCUCCCUUCACCUUCCUGACCGUGCGACGAAUCUCCACCCGGACCACCCGAGCGUCCGUUCUCUCCCCGGUUAGCGAUUUCAAGCCCGUUGGUCGAAAAUUUGAACAUUUCCGCCAUCUCACAAGCGAAGGGAAGUAAAAUGACCCCAACCCUGGCUGUGUUACAGCUAAAACUCCAGCGCUUCGCGUUCCUGUGGACGAAGUAGUUCCCCGAGUUCUUGUUCUUUCCUUCCGUAUUACCUCCUCUCUAAGUCCGUAUAGCGCGGUGCAUCCCCGACUAGGCCAGGUAUAACAAGGUCCAUUUUGGAUCUUUCUUCUAGAAGAAAUACGGCGGUCGCCACCCGUGCUUUCUCAUCUGAGCCACCAUGGUGAAUAUGAGCUUACAAAAGGAGGGCCGCCAGCGGUCGCUCCGAGACCAGCGACGUUCCACAGAGGAAACAACGGACGAGUUCAAUAUUCAAGGAUUAGACAGUAGACCCGAGAAGCUUUCAAGCAAGGGGCUGACGGCGCGGCGCAUGAAGCAUCUUCCCUGGUCUUACCUUCUUUCCUACGCGGCACCUAUGAUUGGUGCUGGUGGAAUGAACUUCACUUUGACGACUUUCGCAGCCUACUUCUAUACUGAUGUCAUGGGAGUCAGUGCCGGUACUGUCGGGAAAAUUCAGCUGUGCCUCAUGAUCAUGUACGCGGCGUCGGAGCCCCUUUUCGGAUGGGCCAGCGACAUAACGGGGGGCUGGGUCCAAAUGAAGCUCGGGCGACGAAAGCCCUAUUUGGCAGUCUCCGCUUUACUUCACGCCAUAACCUUUAUGUGCUUAAUGGGGCCGCCUGCGGCGUUAACUUCCGAAAACGGCCUCGUGGAAUGGGCCUUUUGCUUUGCCAUUCUUCUUGGAGUUUCGUGGGGUUGCAAUGAAGUCACUUACCAGGCCCUCGGCGCCCAGUUGACUUUCGACUAUGACGAGCGCACGAAACUGCAGGCAAUUGCUGUUUCGGUUGUUACAGUCGGAUCAACGUCCUGUGGUCUUCUUCACGGAAUUCUCGGGAGUGCGCUUGGUUCCUCUUUUGAGGCAGUCCGUUUCCGGUUCACGGUCCUUGCAUGCGUGUACGGUGGUCUCUUUGUCGUUGGGACAUUGAUCAUGCUCAUCGUGAUCAAAGAGGAAACUGUCCAGAUGGACUACAGCGGCGUUAUCGAGUCACAGACGUUCGGCGAGUGGAUCAUGAUGGGUGUCGACUCCGCGAAGCAAAUGUUCCUAAAUCUGCCAUUCUUCUUGCUCAUCGUGUGCUAUUCCUGCACAAUCAUGGCCGGUGCAGUGACACCGAUGAUGCUCCCGUACUUCUGCAAGCACGUGACCCAGUCAGCUUUCGCGACCGAUUGGGCACCGCUGCUGUUCACAGCAAGCGCGGUUGCAGGAAUGCCCCUGUGGGUUUUCCUCGGGAGUUCCUACGUCGGAAUGGAGAAAAAGUGGAGGUUCCUGCUUGCGGGAUAUUGGCUCGCCCUCUUCUUGGGUCUUUCCGCCCUCUUCGUGAAGCCAGGGGAGAAUGAUUUGUUCAUCACGUUGUCCGUUCUUGGAGGACUGGCAAUGGGAGGCUACUUCGCAACGCCGGAGGCCAUGAAACCCGAUGUUGUAGACUACGACGAAUUCAAAACGGGAGCAAGGCACGAAGCGCGAUUUGCCGGUGUGUUCAUGUUUUUCGCGAACAUCAUGGCUGGAGUUGCUCUCGAAGUAAUGCUGUUGCUGCUCGAACACUUCGGAUACGAUGGCACAAAGAAAAUGGGAGAAGCUGAACCAGAGGCUGUGAUCAUGACGAUCAGAGUUGGCUACGGCGCUGCACUGGCGUUGAUGCUCAUUUUCAUCACCCCGUCGAUGAUUCUGUAUCCAAUCACGAGGAAAAGUCAUGAGGAUAUUUUGACCGCUAUUCAGAGGCGUAUGGAUGGCGAAUUUGUCGCUGACCCUCUGUAUGGAGGAGCGCCGCUUCCUCCAUAUGAUAAUGUACCUAUCAACAGACGCAUGGAGUCUGCCGACGCGGGUGAUCAGCAAAACAUGAGUCGGGGGUCCUCUUUCCUGCAACAAGUGGGAAUGGAAGUUGGUUCACUGGCCAGCUCACAUGGCGACCGUAGUGGGAUCAGAUACGUUCCGUAAAUGAUGUACGUGCUGAAAAAUUGCCGGGGAUCGUGGGUCAGCCAGGCGCGACCAGCCCUCGUCUUCUGUUGUCUAUGUCAGAACUAAAUCGAAGCGUUCUCAAAGUUAUAUUGGUGUCUAUCAUGCUCGCAGACGCGGUACAUUUAAGUUAAGACUCGCAGAGUGGUACUCUGUGCACAUAACAGUAUCUUCGGUAACACUGUUCCUUCUCAGAUACGUACUGACACUGUCAAUACCGACAUGCUAGAACAGAUCGUGUCAUGAGAGGUAGCUUCAUACGAGUUUCAAAGCGACUUAAGUUCGGUAGGAACGAGAUUUGAGAGGACAAUAUCUCUGACGAGAUUUGAAAGGUCAGACAAUUCAUCGACACCUGCUGCGGCGCACAUUUAGUACUAUGGAAAUUAUGUAGUCAUGGAUCUCUCAGACCUGUCGUUUUCUCGAAAUGCCGAUCGGGCACGAGCACGGACAUCGCCUCUUUCGCCCGGGUCACGAUGGAGCCCGUCACGGACUUUUCUUCUUCAGAAAGCUCCCAGGCGUUGUCUAGGUAUUCCAGUUUGUUGAUCAGUCGAAGAAGGCAUGCCCUAGCCGGGGAAUUCGGGGGGGCGGCACGAAGUUCACGAAGGAGGUUUUUAACAACCUGCGAGCAAGCGUAAGCGCGCCUGGGGUUGACAGUCGUCGGAACCUAGUUUCCUCACUUCAAUGUCUAGAAGCAACCUAGGAUCGAACCAGCAAGGCAACGCUUCAAGCAACUGAGAAGCGCAGUUGGAGGAUGUCUUGGACAGUCUUUUAGAAGCGGGCUUACUAUACAGCAGAACAGUACACGUGGUGCGUGAGCCACGGUGCGGCAUGCGUGAGAAUCAUCUGUGCCGGUUCCAGCGAACGGAAUUGGAAGUACGGCGACGUCGAACAUAAUAGCCAACGAAAAUACAGAGUGAAGAAAGCAUGUGCGGGCGAGUAUGUCGCAAGCAUUGCUUAGAAAAACGGCGUUGAGCAAGGUAAUCAAGAGGUCCACGGUCUCCGUGUCGUCAAGGUCCUAAGGUGGCACAAGCGUUAUCGUUCAUCCAUCACUUGUUUCCGACUGCGUUUGGCGGGGAAGUUAUUGCUUCCCAUUAUGGAGGUGUCC